AUGGGCAUGAUGGAAACUGGUCUUAAUAAGGGUCCUGUCCAUUUUAACUGUUUUCCUGAUUUUACAUUAAGUUUAAGAGAUCCACAUAUUCUCAAGGCAUUAACAUUGAACAUUCAAUUACAUGAUAAAUUAGAAGUUAAUCUCGAAGAACAAUCUACGAAACCUACUAAAACCCUAGAUCAACCUUUGCUUAAUCUCCCUAAUCAUCGUUCGAAACGAACCAGUCUAGUUACUAAUGACCAAUCUACUGUCAAAGCUAUUGAACAAUUAUUUACUAAACUAACUCCCAAUGAUACUUCUACUUCCAAAGAUAAAGGUCUUACUGUGUUAAAUCAACAACCUUAUACCAACACUAUUUUUGAUCAAUCUGACACUGACACUACUGAUAAUGAAAUAAAUCAAUUAGCUCAACAAUUUCAAUCUUCUCAUCUGAAUAAAAUCCACUAUCCCAAAGUUAAUCCUCACAAUACCAAAAACUGUAGUUCUUCCUCUUCUGAUCAACCUGAUAAUACCUCAUCUGACUACCAAUCCCCUAGUGAUGAUUCUGAUAAUAGUAUUAAUAUCGGAUGUAAUGAUGUUUGUUGUAAACCAGUUAAACAAAUUACUGUCCUUACCAAAACUACUCAAGAAGAAUCUGCUCUUAUUGAUCUCAUUGCAAAAGAUGCAGCAUUUUGUUUAUGUUGUUAUCUUUUCAAACCCGAUAUUGGAGAUCAAGCUGGUGGUGAUUCUUUUGUUGGUAAGGGUUUCUCAAAUUGGAAGAAAAAAGAAAAAAUUCAGACUCAUGUUGGAAGUCCCAAUAGUGUUCAUAAUGAAGCUUCGAGUAACUGUCAAGACUUGUUAAACCAAAACCAACAUAUUAAAAUGAUUUUUUUCAAACAAUUUGAUCAAGCUCGAAUUGAGUAUCGAACCCGUUUGAAUUCAUCGGUUGAUUGCGUUAAAUUUCUUCUAAGACAAGGACUUGCGUUUCAUGGGCAUGAUGAAUCUGAAAAUUCAAGUAACCAAGGAAAUUUUCUUGAACUUCUCAAGUUUCUUGCUGAUCAUAAUGAAGAUGUCAAAAUGGUUGCAUUGAGCAAUGCUCCACAAAAUCUCAAGUUGGCAUCUCCUGAUAUUCAAAAAGACAUUGUAAAUGUGGCCGCAUUUGAAACUAUCAAUGUGAUUAUUAGAGAUCUUGGUGAUGCACUUUUUUCUGUUUUGAUUGAUGAAGCCCGUGACAUAUCAAUCAAGGAGCAAAUGGCAGUUGUAAUACGAUAUGUUAACAAAAAAGGCCAAGUGAUUGAGCGCUUUUUGGGUAUUGAGCAUGUUGCUAAUUCGAAUGCUCUCUCACUUACACAAGCUAUGGAAAAUUUAUUCUCCAAACUUGGAUUGAGUAUUUUUAGAUUGCGGGGGCAAGGAUAUGAUGGGGCUAGUAAUAUGCAAGGAGAGUUCAAUGGUCUUAAAACACUUAUACUGAAAGAGAAUCCUUGUGCAUAUUAUGUUCAUUGUUUUGCUCAUCAAUUACAAUUGGCACUUGUAGUCGUGGCAAAGAAUCAUAAUCAAAUUGCUUUACUUUUCACUUUGGUUUCUAAUGUGGUGAAUGUUGUUGAAACAUCAUGUAAACUCCGAGAUAUUGUUAGGGAGAAGCAAGCUGCAAAAGUUGCUGAGGCACUUAAUACUAGAGAGCUAUCUAGUGGGCAAGGCUUAAAUCAAAAAACUAAUCUUAAAUGUGCUGGUGAUACACAUUGGGGUUCACACUAUGGUACUUUAGUCAGCUUGGCUAGUAUGUUUUCAACAGUGAUUGAUGUGCUUGAAAUGAUUUCAAAUAAUGAUUCAAAUUCAGAACAACGAGCAGAAUCAAAUGUAUUACUCAAUUCAAUCAUUUGA